AUGCGUCUAUUCCUAUACCUUUUACCCUUCUGUCUUGCUGCGAUUGCCGUUCCCGUUCCCGUGAAUUCUGCGGACGAGAACGAUGACCAGAAUUGCGACGAAUGGGAUGGGGACAUGAUUGAGAAUAAGGAUGGCCCCACUGCAGAUGGAAGUCCUGGCAUAGGCAUCGAGUUUGAAUCCCCAAUGUUCUAUUUCAGCAGCCCUAGCUGCCCCGAAGCCACCGUGAACAAUGCAAAGAAGAAGAUACUCGCAGGGCGAAAGCAGAAAGUCGACAAGGGCAGGGUGCCCCUGUGGAUGUUGACUGCCGACACAGGAGCAGGCGAAAGAGUUCUUCAGGCGGAAUAUAUCAUUGAUGGUCAGCAAAUCAAACUUGGGAGUGGGCAGGCAGAGACGGUUACAAAGGAGAUCGUGAAAGACUUCACCGACUGGCAACCCUGGCAAAAGCGGACAGGAAAAGACCGAGUCAAGAUUGAAGUCGAAGACACCCCGUGCGACUUCUACAUCGACGCACCAACCCCGAAGGAUGACGCAAAGAAUGUCUUUUGGCAGCCGCAGAUUACCGCGCCUCUGCCGCUUGAGGCGCUGUACGUCCUGAUGAAAGAUCGCGCAACCUACACCCUGGUCCCGACCAACAAUGACUACUACAAUAUCAUUGGAGAUAGCCCCAGGAGUCCUCUUGGAACUCAAGCUCUAGUCAACAAAAACUACUUCAAGAAAAAGCCGAAUGGGAUCGAUCCGACCUCGCUUACGGAUGAUACCCUUGCAUUCUUGAGCCUUAUUCUGACAUACGCCAAAACGAUCGCCAAAAACCCGCUCAAGCAAGAUGAGAGUGUUAAAUUGCGAUCAGUAUUCAUGCCUCGGACUGAUUUCCACACUCUUUAUACGGAAGUGAAAUCACAACUUCCGGGCGAUCUUUGGAACAUCAUCAAUACCAUUUCAUGCUAUACUCCAAUGAAUCCAAAGGACAAGAAUCCCGCGACGCUCGACUUGGAUAAACUUUACUUGGACUCAAAGCUAUGUAAAGUUGAGGAUCAAAAUGGCAAAAAGACGUUUGUUCCUGGCACAACGCUCGGAAAUGCGAAAUUCGGAAGCACAACUAUCAAGGACUGGAUCGAAAAUCUGGAUAAGGAAGACUUGCUUACCAACUUUGACAAAACCAUCGACGGUUCUGUUGGUGGCCUGGGGUCCAAAAUGGAGAAGGUUCUCGGCGCUAGCCGCGAUGUGCCUUUGUUUGAAUUCCGAGAUUUGAACUGGCAGGCAACCCCCGAUAUGGCUAAUUUUGUGAAGGACGCCGACGCGAAGCUUAAAGAGCUUCACCAGAAAUAUCAGCAGGCGCCGUCGAAAGGAAAUUAG